AUGCCACUGCCUUCGAUUUUCACGUUCGAGGAGAACAGGGGCCCGGCCGGCAAGGAGCCUGUCGCAGCUCGUAGCGGCAUCUUCCACCUACCACACGGUCCUUUGCGCACGCCGAUAUUCAUGCCUGUGGCGACGCAAGGCGCACUAAAGGGUGUCACAGUGGAACAACUGGAGGAGCUCGACGUUGAAAUUAUAUUGGGUAACACCUAUCAUCUGGGCUUGCGUCCUGGGGAGGAGGUGUUGCGUGCUCUAACCUCGCGCAAGAACGCGCGGGAGACUGCCACCAGCACGUACACCUCCGCAGAUGGCAUCCGAGACAACAUGGAUGGCAUCCACUUUAUGGAGAGCUGGAAGAAAAACAUACUGACGGACAGCGGUGGUUUUCAGAUGGUGUCGCUGCUGAAGCUUGCGCAGAUCACAGAGGAAGGCGUGCGGUUCCAGUCGACGCAUGGCGCUGGCACGGCAGGGACUAUAAUGCCUGUAGCUGAGAUGGAAGCCUCGAGCUCUACCAGCGGCACGGCUGCGGCAACAUCUACACUGACAGCCCCGACAGAAGCAGCAAAGGCAUACGACUGCGAGGCAGAGGUGGAGAACACGUAUUCCCUGUUGCUCCGGCCUGAGGACUCCAUCCGCAUUCAGAACGCCAUCGGUGGCGACAUUAUGAUGCAGCUGGACGACGUGGUGCACUCGCUAACGGUCGGACUGCGCGUCGAGGAGGCGGCAAAGCGCUCGAUUCGAUGGCUAGACCGCUGUCUCGCAGCCAACCAGAAUCGGGAGAAGCAAUGCAUCUUUGGCAUUGUGCAGGGUGCCUUGAACGCCGAGCUCCGCCGUUACUGCCUGAAGGAGAUCAUCCAGCGAACAGAGUGCAUGGGCUACGCCAUUGGUGGGCUCAGCGGCGGGGAGGCGAAGGACGACUUUUGGCGGAUGGUGCGCUUGUGCACAAAGGAGGGACUGCCAGCGAACAAGCCGCGGUAUUGCAUGGGCGUCGGCUAUCCAGAGGACAUCCUCGUCUGCAUCGCGCUCGGCGUGGACAUGUUCGACUGCGUCUAUGCCUGCCGCACAGCCCGCUUUGGCUCUGCACUGACUUCCCGUGGCAAGCUACAGAUUUCUAAGAAGGAGUACGCAGCCGAUUUCGGUCCUCUUGACCCAAACUGCAGCUGCAUGACGUGCCGUACCUACACACGCUCCUACCUGAACAUGAUCGCGGCAAGGGAGGGGAUAGCGGCGACGUUGCUAUCGUAUCACAACAUCGCCUACCUCAUUAACCUUACGCGCGGCGCUCGAAGCUCCAUCGAGGAGGGGCGCUUCACGACAUUCGUACAGGACUUCUUCCUUGCCUACUAUCCUGCGAAAGACUACCCCCAAUGGGCUGUGGAGGCUCUGGCCUCUGUCAAGAUAACUCUCUUGUAG